UUCGUCUAAGCACGCAUACGUUCUAAUGUUUAUCAUAUAGGUACUUACUAAGCGGAGACUGCGACUGCCGACCGGUAUCAUUAUCUGUGUGACCUCGAGACUACUCAGUUGACGCUAUGAUUCAGCUCAUAGCGGUGUGCGCAGUUGUUGCUUACUGUCUCUACUCGCUCAGCACUCGCGGCUACGACUACUGGCACAAAAAAGGCGUGCAACAUGAAAAACCGCUCCCAUUCAUCGGAAGCACGGGAAGAAUCUUUGCCCAGAAGAUGAGCAUGACUGAAUACUUCACGGAUUUGUACAGAAAAUAUCCAAACGAGAAACUGGUCGGAUAUUACUUUUCGCGAGAAAAAGCUGUAGUGUUGAGAGAUCCGGAACUCGUGAAAUGUGUUUUGAUCACGGAUUUUCAAUAUUUUUACCGACGCGGAAUAAAUUACCACAAGGAUGUCUUCGAGCCGAUGUUCAAGAACCUGUUUUUCGCGGAAGGUGACCUUUGGAAACUGCUGCGGCAGAGGCUGACGCCGGCGUUCUCGUCCGGCAAGCUGAAGGCGAUGUUCCCUCUUAUCGUGGAGCGGACGGAGCGUCUUCAGCGCACCGCCGCUGCCGCAGCGGCGCGCGGCGCGGAAGUGGACGUCCGAGACCUCAUGGCGCGCUACACCACUGACUUCAUCGGCGCCUGCGGCUUCGGCAUCGACGCCAACUCAAUCGACAACGAGGACGCUCCGUUCCGCAAGCUGGGGAAGCGUAUUUUCACCCCUUCUCUCAGAGACAUCAUUGUUAUUCUUGCAAAAUGGUUGGCACCUGAUUUAUUAAAGCAUUUAAAGACUGUUCCUCCAGAAGUUGAACGGGACACGUUAAGUUUAGUGAGGGGUAUCAUGGGGCAAAGAAACUACCAGCCUUCCGGCAGAAAUGAUUUCAUAGAUCUGUUGCUAGAAUUGAAACAGAAAGGCAAAAUUGUUGGUGAAUCGAUAGAGCACAGAAAUUCAGACGGCUCACCGAAGUCUGCUGAGUUGGAGAUGGACAACUUGCUGAUGGCGGCGCAAGUGUUCGUGUUCUUCGCGGCGGGUUUCGAGACGUCCUCGUCGGCGACCAGCUUUACUCUGCACCAGCUCGCCUUGCAUCCUGAGCAGCAAGCUAAGUGCCAGGAGGAGAUCGACGAAGUGCUUACCAGAUACGGCGGAAAGCUGUGCUAUGAUGCCGUAAACGAGAUGAAAUAUUUGAAAAUGUGUUUCUAUGAGAGCAUGCGAAUAUUCCCUUCCCUGGGUUUCCUGAUAAGAAAAUGUGUUCAGCCCUACACGUUCCCCGGAACUGGCGUGACCAUAGACGAGGGUGUAGCCGUCAUUAUCCCGGUCCAGGGUCUGCAGACUGACGAGAAGUACUUCGAAGAACCGGAGGAGUUUCGACCGGAGAGGCUCGACGAUAACCGGGUCAUGAAUCAUGUGUAUUUGCCGUUUGGGGAAGGGCCUCGAGCGUGUAUUGGAGAGCGUUUGGGUCUGAUGCAGUCUCUGGCGGGACUUGCGGCGCUGCUACACCAGUUCUCAGUGGCGCCCUCUGUCAACACCAAAACGAACCCUCCCAAAGACCCCACGGGACACGUUGUGCAGAGCAUCAAGGGAGGCAUACCGUUACUUUUGAAGAAGAGGAAAAUAGACUAAUGAAAAAUG